AUGGUGCUUUGUCGCCACCAUGUGACAGGAAACGACCACUGCUUGUGUAACCCUAUUUCCCCAAUAUGGCAACCAGGUGGGGAAUCUGUAGCGCGGGGAAGAUCAGUCAUGACUUCACAGUGGCUCUGAAAACUCUUCCUACUGAAGACCACCAGAUUGUAGCUGUGGCUGCUCGUAAACUGGAGGAUGCACAGGAGUUUGCCAAAAAGCACAGCAUCUCCCGAGCAUACGGCGGCUAUGAGGAGCUGGCCAGAGAUCCAGACAUAGAUGUGGUGUACAUCGGAGUUAUCCACCCCUACCAUCUGAAAACAUGUCUGCUCUUUACCAACGCCAAGAAGAAUGUGCUGUGUGAGAAGCCGCUGGCCAUGAACUCCAGGGAAGUGCGGGAGAUCCUAGUGUCCGCCAAGAAUAAUAACGUCUUCCUCAUGGAGGCCGUCUGGACUCGCUUUUUCCCGGCCUCUGUGGAGACCAGGCGGCUGCUGGCCCAGGGGGAGCUGGGCGAAGUGAAGAUGGUCAGGUCUGAGUUUGGCGUGCCAUUGUUGAAUGUACCGAGAGCAACGCAGAAGGAGCUGGGUGGAGGAGCUUUACUAGACAUAGGCAUCUACUGCCUGCAGUACAUAUUGAUGGUGUACAACGGGGAGAAGCCAGAGUCUAUCCAAGCCGUGGGAUACUGUCUGGACACGGGUGUGGAUGACACUGUCGUCGUCACCAUGAAGUUUUCCAACAACAGGAUGGCAGUGUUUACCAGCUCCAUUGGUAUGCAGUUGCCCAAUGAUGCCAUUAUUGUGGGUACCAAGGGCACUAUCCAAGUGCCUGACCAUAUGUGGUGCCCCACAUCAUUGAAAGUGAAUGGCAAGGAGACACAGUAUCCUGUGCCAGAACCUUAUUUGCCUCUCAACUUCUUGAACAGUACAGGAAUGCGCUACGAAGCAGAGGAGGUUCGACAGUGUUUGCUCAAAGGGCUGAAGGAGAGUGCAGUUAUGUCCCACGCUGACUCUCUUCUGUUGGCUGAGGUGGAGGAUGAGAUCCGUAGGCAGGUUGGGGUGGUGUACCCCCAGGACUCCCAGUAAAAGUUAAACAUGUACUCAGACCGUCUGAAAGACAUCUGGUUUAUAAUGGAGGAUCAUUUGCUAAUGCUAUUGCAGGAGUUUAUGGUUACAGACUGAAGAAAAGAACACAGUAUUUUCUUCUUUAGGACAAAUUACAGAGAAUAUAUUCUAGUUACAGGGAACACGUACUGUUUAAAUUUUUAUGGUGAAAACUGUUCAAAUAUUUUACACCAUGAAUUAAAAUACACUGAACAGUACUGUGUUUGAACUUGAUACUUUAGGUGCAACAGGAUGAAACACUGAAACCUUUGAUCUAUGAAAUAAAACUUUACGACAGGUUUUAUAA